CGCCCCGCCUCCUCUAGAGUCCUGUUAACAGAGCGGUGGAGAGAACGAGAGAGCUUCGGAAACAGGGGAGGUUUUACCUCGGAAACGAGAAACGAGUGAGAGAGAGAGGCAGAAACACGGCGCCGAGGAGAGCACUAGAGAAACGGAGAAUGCAGCCUCCACCGAGAAAGGUGAAGGUGACCCAGGAGGUGAAGCUGACCUUUGCUGAACAAGCGGCCAAACUUCAGAGCAAGCAGCAGCAGGAGAGUGAGCUCCUGGAGGAGAUCCGGUCCUUCAGUAAACAGAGAGCUGCCAUUGAGAAGGACUAUGGCCAGGCUCUGCACAGACUGGCCUCCCAGUACAUGAAGAGGGACGGGCUUCGUGGGAGAGGGGAGCCCAGUGACAGCAGAAGUGUGUUCACGGUGUGGAGGUCCCUGAUUGAAGCCACUGUCCACACCAGCCUGUCCAGAGUCGCUGCGUCCGAGAACUACCGCGCCUUGACCAGCGAGACCACCAGGACCCUGCGAGCGGCCAAGGAGCAGCGCGCCAAGAAGAGCUCGGAGCAGCUGCUGUGUGUGCAGGGUGAGCUGGUGGAGGCGGUGCGGGAGCUGAGCAAGGUGAAGAAGCGCUAUUACCACCUGGAGCGCAUCACUGAGCUCGCCCGGGACAAAUCCAAAAAGAAUGACUAUGGGAUUUUCCAUUUCAGAACAACCCUGCAGAAGUUGAACACAAAGCUGAGCAAUCGGCUGUCUGAGUGCAACCUGCAGCUCACUGAGGCUCGUAACGAGUACCUUCUUACCCUGGCCGCUGUGAACUCACACCAGGAGCACUAUCACAGCAAGGACCUGCCGGCUCUCAUCAAGGACCUGGAUGGGGACCUGUACGAGCGGCUGAGGGAGCACUUCACCCUGCUGAGCCAGACUGAGAUCGACAGCUGUCAGGCAACGCAGAGCGCCUUCCUCGGGGUCCUGCAGGACUCCUGCCAGGUGUCUCGAGAGCACGACCUCCAGCUCUUUCUUCAGGAGAACCCUGUCAUCACCAAGGCACCCGUCUUCCUGUUCCAGGGGGCACCCAGCGACAAGGUGUGCGGUCUGGUCCAUCAGGGCAGUGCCCAGGGGGGGGAAAGCUGUCUGGAGAAGGAGGCGCGGAAAUGGGCGACCAAAGCAGCCAAGGACUAUAAAAUCAAAACCCACGGAGAAAGGGUUCUGCAGACGCUGGAGAAGCGCAGGAAGUUGGUCUCCGAGGACGAGCUGGCAGGCGUGGAGCGGAAGAUGGAGGAGGUGAAGGAGAGCGUCCGCAAGGCUGAGGUGAGCCGGGUGAAGGCAGACUCUCGUCUGGCUCUCCUGCGAUUGGCCGGUGUGGAGACGGACUCCUGGGUGACAAGCGCCAUGAGCCAGGCCAACGAGGAGCUGGAGAGCGAGCGGCGGCUGAGCGAGGCACGGCUCUCCAACGGAGCCAUCUCCCCCCUGGAGGAUGAGUUUGAUUUCGAGGAUUUUGACGACGGUGAGAUUUUCACAGAGUUUGCACCGAGCCCCUGCCCCCGCAGCUACCCCCUGCCCUGCCGGGUUCUCUACAGCUACCAGGCCUGCCAAGCAGACGAGCUGUCCAUCACGGAGGACGAGGAGCUGGAGGUGAUAGAGGACGGAGACAUGGAGGACUGGCUCAAGGCUCGGAAUGCUUCAGGGCAGGUGGGGUACGUGCCCGAGAGGUACUUGCAGUUCCCGAGCCUGUCAGCAGGGGACGCUGUGUCGCAGAGAGUCCCAGGGAGCCCUGUCUCAGGGAGGUCGCUGGGGUCCCAGGGGAGAGGCUCACAGACAUGCACGGGAGGCCUGGCCCGGGCGCUCUACCCGUACUGUGGGCAGAGUGGGGAGGAGCUGUCCUUCCCUGAGGGGGCUGUGAUCCGGCUGCUGCGCUGCGGAGACGUCCAGGUGGACGACGGCUUCUGGGAGGGGGAGCUGAACGGGAGAGUCGGGGUGUUCCCCUCCCUCGUGGUGGAGCUGCUGGGAGAGGAGGAGGAGGAGGAGGAGGAGGAGGAGGAGGAGGCGGGGAAGGAGCUGUUGUCCUCUGGCCCUCCUCCCUUCUCCCCCCCGCUCCCCAUCCUUGGAGCCUCAUCACUGCCAGUCCCGGGGAGUACGCCACCUAGGGGACUGGAGGACAGGCUGCAGGGGACUCCGCUGGGGUUGCUCAGGCGGCCUGACAGCAGAGCAGACAGUGGCAGCAGUGCCCACAGCUCCCCCGAUCACUCCCCCCGGCGGGCCAGGCCGGUUCGUGCGCCCCUCCCCCAGCCCCAGCUCUGACGAGCACUUUGUCUGAGUAGAACCAGCCUGCAUCACUGACUGAGACGUUCCACAGCGCUGCCACACGCCCGCCUCUCGCUGGGCUGCCACACGUCCGCCUCUCGCUGGGCUGCGUCGCACACACCAUGCCUCUCAUUUCCUGUGUGCGCUAGACAGUCGCUCCCAGCACAACAUCUGCACACUUCUGUUACGUCUCGUAUCUCCCGUCCACGCAUUCCAACCCUGGAACCACAGAGCUGGAAGAUCUAGAAGAGGAAUUCUGGGGGGGGGUUCUCUUUCUUUUAGGAGUUGCAUUUAAUAUAUUGAAAAGAAUAUUCUACUUUAUAUUUAUUAUUAUUAUUCUAAUUAUUAUUAUUCUGGGUUUAUUUUUGUUGUAUGUGAAAUGUUUGACCUCCUGCCUCAAUAAUGCCAGUCCCCUGCAGCUGGGUGUGCAGGUGUAGCUCACUUGGCUGGCACACUUGUCUCGCAGUUUUAUUUAUUUUGUUGGUAUAAAAAACAAGCAAUUGAAAUGCAAACCAACAAAUACUGCUCUACCUGAACAUUAUUAUUAUUAUUAUUAUUAUUAUUAUUAUUAUUAUUAUUAUUAUUAUUAUUUUUAUUUUUAAAUAAUUAUUUUAAUUUUGUUUGCAGUUUUUAUUGAAUCCGUUUUUUUCAGUUGCAUGUUUCACCUAUGUGUUGUCAAAGGGCCCGUCUCAUUUCAAAUUGUUACCCGCGGACAUGCCUGUGUACCCCGAUACUGUGAACAAUGGAAGUUGGUUUCCAUUAAGCUUGCUAUGCAGAACCCUGUGUGCCAGUGUGUUUGCAAUGUUCACUUUUAUGGACCCAAUAAAAAUAACAAUCUCA